CAGGAACAGGCUUCAACUUCUUUCUUGAACUUUUCUACACAUUUGAAUUCUUUCGUUUCGUUUCUGAGGACUUAUCCCUCCAAAUUUUGCCAGACUCGUCGCAAUUCGCUGACAGCAACACAGCUUCACCAUUCUUCCAGCAAUAACACAGCUUUUGGUGAACAACCAUCAAACAGCGCUCUCCGCGCUUCACAGCUCAAGAAUCAUGAGCACUGCCGAAAAUAUAUCUGCCGUGACGGCAAAUCUAGAGUCUCAAACCAGAGGACAGAACAGGUCAAGAGGUCAAGGUCGAGGACGAGGACGAGGGCGGGGCUUCCAUCGUGGCCGAGGUCGAGGUCGUGGCCGGGGAGGUGAUGGAGAAGCACCGCAGCCUGCACCUUCUGAUGUAGGUGAAACACAUAAUCACACAGACAACGUCCCUACCGAUCAGUUACAACCCCAACCACAAACACGUUCCAAUAAUACCCGCGAACGGGGCCGAGGAAAGACCAAAGGAAACCGCGGUGAUCGGACGGCUCGGGGGAAGAAUAAUCGAACAGUUAAUGCAUCUGCGGCAAGCAAACCCCCUGCACAAAUUGGUGGCAGGGCAUUUGGUGGUCGUUUGACAAGAGAGGACGUCGAGGCCCAGGAAAACACGGGUGGCGACGAGAGCUUGGCCGACGGCGACAAUCUACGACCAGAUGCCCCAGCAUUCGUCCCUAAUAAACCCCUCGCAACUGUCCCUAAAACCAGUCCAAAUUCUCAUUCUCAACGGAAAGCCACCCUUAAAGUAACGACAAAGUCCACAGCCCACGAUAUUGCAACCCGUACCCACGAGGACAUUGCGAACAACCUCUACGAAUGCCCAAUUUGCACAAACGAGCUCAGCCGCAAGUCGCGUGUUUGGUCGUGUGGACUUUGUUGGACGGUUUUCCACCUCGGUUGCAUCAAGAAAUGGUCCGGUAAUGAAGGUUCGAUUUUCCAGAACCAGCAGCAACCCCAAGGAGAGAAUGAGAUCGACAAAGCUCGACAAUGGCGUUGUCCUGGAUGCAAUUUACCACAAGAUGUCUUCCCAACUACAUAUUCAUGCUGGUGUGAGAAGGAGAUAGACCCACAAUCACUUCCCGGAUUACCUCCCCAUUCAUGUGGACAGACUUGCUCUCGGAUGCGCAAGGGAUGCCCGCAUCCUUGUGAUUCCACUUGUCAUGCAGGCCCAUGUUCACCCUGCACGGCCAUGGGACCAACCCAGGAUUGUUUCUGCGGAAAGAAUUCUACCACAAAAAGAUGCGUUGAAACUGACUAUGUCAAUGGCUGGAGUUGCGGAGAAAUAUGCGGCGACUUGCUUCCCUGUGGGAAGCAUUUCUGUUCGCGCCCGUGCCACGAAGGCUUUUGUGAUGCUUGUGAGGAACUGGUUGAUGCUCGCUGUUACUGUGGUAGAGUUGAAAAACAGAUCCUUUGCAGCAUGACGGAAGAUGAAAUCACUAGUCAGCUUUUGGACACAGAACCUGACAAUCCGGAAAAACUUGAGACUUGGAUAGGGUCCUUCCGUUGUGGAGAACCAUGUAAUCGCUCAUACGACUGCGGUAUUCAUACCUGUGAAAAAGGUUGCCAUCCCCAAGAUGCGAAUUCACCUCAUUGUCCUCGCUCACCGGACGUGGUGUUGCGUUGUCCUUGUGGAAAGACACCGUUGACCAAAAUCGAAGGCUUUGUCCCCAGAACGUCCUGCGAGGACUCUAUCCCUAAUUGCUCAGAGCCAUGUGGCAAGAGUUUGUCAUGCGGUCAUUCCUGCCCGAUGAUCUGUCAUACUGGCCCAUGUCGACCAUGCCUGUUGACAGUAUCCAUCAACUGCCGAUGUGGCCGCAAUUCAUUUAAAACCGUAUGCCAUCAAGGUACUCAGGAACCCCCGCAAUGUUUCCGAAUAUGUAAAGCAAGCAUGAACUGUGGACGCCAUACCUGUACGGAUCAUUGUUGUACUGGUGAACGCAAGGCCAUCGAGCGACAGGCUACCAAACGCAAGUUAAGGUCACUCAACGCUGCUCGAGGCCGUGGGGCAGAUAAUGACGUUGAAGCUGAGCAUAUUUGCACCCGUAUUUGCGGGCGCAUGUUGACAUGCAACCGUCACACCUGCCCUGAGUUGUGCCACAAGGGACCUUGUGGAACGUGUAGAGAGGCUAUCUUUGACGAAAUCUCCUGCCACUGUGGACGCACUGUCUUGUACCCCCCUCAGCCUUGUGGAACUCGGCCACCCCCUUGUCGAUAUGAUUGCGAACGGGCAAAGCCUUGCAAUCAUCCUCAAACGUCACACAAUUGCCACACGGACGAGGAGGAGUGCCCGAAAUGCCCUUUUCUCACCGAAAAGUUGUGUCUUUGUGGCAAGAAACUGCUUAAGAAUCAACCAUGCUGGUUGAGCGAUGCUAGAUGCGGAAUGAUAUGCGGGGAGCCCUUGAAAUGCGGCUCUCAUAGUUGUCAGAAACAAUGUCAUCGUCCAGGGGAAUGCGAAGAUGCCUCCUGGCCUUGCAGACAGCUCUGUGGUAAGAUCAAGAAACUUUGCGGUCACCCAUGCUCAGAACAAUGCCAUGCACCGUUCGCUUGUUCUGAGAAGGAACCAUGUGCUACCAAAGUCAUCAUUACUUGCCCCUGUGGCCGUCUGCGUAAAGAAAAACGCUGUAAUGCCGCCCGAGCUGUCACCACCAAAGGCCAAGUCCAGCAACCUGAAACCCUUCCAUCGGCGACACCUCUCAAAUGUGACGAUGAAUGCGCGCGUCUUGAACGCAACCGAACUCUAGCAUCCGCUUUGAACGUUGAUAUUGACCCAUCGACAACCCUAAGUCAGCAUCCAGUUGCUGCCCACACCACCGGCGAUACUGUUCCUCUACUCCCCUAUUCGGAAGAAACUCUUGACAUUUAUGUCAAACUCUCAUCCUCAUCCACUCUCUCAACUCUCCAAGACUACGAAACCACCCUACAUAACCUCGCCACCAGCACCACACAGCGCUCCGUCCGAUUUCGUCCGGCUAAACCCCCUCUCCGCGCCUUCGUCCACAGUCUCGCUUCAGACUGGGGCUUUGCAGCGGAGAGUCUCGAUCCACCACCUCACCGACACGUCUUUGUCGUCCGACCUGCCCAGUGGACUUCCCCUGGUAUUGGCCUAGGGUCCGGCAUUGGCAUCCGUGGUAUGACCGUUGGCGACUGCGUCCGGCUUCGCGAACGACAGCAACUCAAAGAACAAGAAACACGCCGCGCCGCUGCUGCAGAAGCCAAGGCACUCCGGGAAGCCUCCAAAGAUGCACUCACUGAUUCCGCGGGAUGGGCACAGGUUGCAUCGCGCAAGAAACAAACACAACAGACUUCAGACGGUACAGGCGGUAUCAGUACCCCACUUUUCAACUUGACGCGAAGCCAUACCCCAGCUUCGGCGCAGCGUGGCGGAGGAUCGAUCUAUACGGCUCUGAGUUCAGAGGCGUCGUCACCUCCAAGGAAAAAGAACGGUCUUCUCGUCCUCCGCUCUGGGGUCGGGUCGUCCAAGACGAAGAAAGCCUUAUCUUUUGAUGAUGAUCUGGCUGACAGCUGGGAGGAACAGGUUGAUAAAGAAAACCAGGAAGAGAGGGAGCAACAAGCCGAGGAAGAGCGGCAGUCUAGGUCGAGCCAGGAGGUGGAUAGGUUAGAAACAGUGUCCCCACAGGAACUGCACACUGCUAUCCCCGAACACGCUGCCGAUGGAGCUUGAAGUGACGAGUUAAUAUAUAUAUUUUUUUUCCUGAACUAAUGAUUUCGAAUUUACGUUUCUUAGACUAUAGGAGUGAACGGUUAUUUGUGCAUAACAGGUGUUUGUUUUGUUUGAAUAGAGCUCUUGUCGUUAUUAUGGAUACCUUGCAUACAUGUACACAUUAUUAACUCAGAAUCUCUACGUUGCAUAACCAGACUGAUUAUAAUGGAAAAUUUUUCAUUCAGAAA